UAAGAAAUUUGAAAGUAAUUUGCUAAAAUAUGCUAAUACUUAUUUAAAUUUUCUGCAGAUUUGUAUAAAUUUUCUUCGAUUUGUUUCGCUAGUUUUGUUUUAAUUUUCUUCGGAUUUGUUUUGCUUGAUUUGUAUGAGUUUUUCUUCAAUUUUGUAAACCCUCCCAUGUAUAUGCAGGAGUCUCUCAUCUCCUACAUUGAUUAAUCUUUGCUUGUGAUGAUGAUAGAUUUCUCUCUGUCUCUUUUUUUCGGUUGUGUUUGGUUGAAAUUGGGGUCUUGGGUUGGCUGGAAAAGUUACUCUUUUCAGCCCAGAUACUUAUGUCGUUAUGCAAUUUGGAUUUUUGGAAGUGGACACAACUCAAAAAACAAUUUCUUUCCCUUUUGUAUAGCAUCUUUAUGCUUUAUUUUUUUGUAUCAUUCGGCUGAUGCAGCUAACGUUUUGGCCUUGCUUUUAAAGUUUUGUAAUGCCCAUAAUACCUGAAGCUGGUUUUGAGAUUUCCGACGAGAAUUCUAUGGCUCUACCUCGACCGGUUAAUAGGAAACGUAAAAGAAUGAAUAAACCACGUAGUUCAAUUGAUAAACCACGUGGUGGUGCUGCUGGUAAAUGGACGGAUGAUGAAACAUCGAUCCUCAUAAAUGUCCUACAUGAUGAUGCGAGGAAGCACGGGUUUAAUGGUUCAACCACCAGAGGUCCACGUUGUUCAGGAAUAUGGUUUGUGAUAAUGAUAAUGAUUGUUAUUGAUGAAGGUUCUGUAUAUACAAGAUAGCAAGUUUAUUUGUUUAGUACUGUUGGGUAUUUUUUAUAGUUUUUAG